AUGCCGGACGACGUGACGGAGCCCGGGCACGCCACGCCGGCCCGCGCCUCCUCCUUCCUCAUCGAGAACCUGCUGGCCGCCGAGGCCAAGGGCGCGGGGCGCGCGGCCCGGGGCGGCGGGAGCCGCGGGGAGGAGGAGGACGACGACGACGACCCCGAGGACGGGGACGCCGAGCCCGGGCGGCGGCGGCGGCUGCCGCGGCGGCGACCACCGCGCGCGGGCGUCGGGCCCGGCGGGGAGGCGCGAGCCCGGGCGCUGCUGGGCCUGGGGCCGCGUCCGCCCCCCGGGCCGGGUCCGCCCUUCGCCCUCGGCUGCGGGGGCGCCGCGCGCUGGUGCCCGCGGACGCACGGAGGCUACGGAGGCGGCCUGAGUCCCGACACCAGCGACCGGGACUCUCCGGAGACGGGCGAGGAGACCGGGCGCUCGGAAGGCACCUGGCCCCGGGACCCCGGGCCGGGCGCAGCGCAGGGCCCGGUGGCGGGCGGCGAGGAGGCGGUGGAGACGGCGGAGGCCAGGGCCGGGGCGGCCCGCGGCGGCGGCGGCGGGCGCAAGAAGAAGACGCGCACGGUGUUCUCCCGCAGCCAGGUCUUCCAGCUCGAGUCCACCUUCGACCUGAAGCGCUACCUGAGCAGCGCGGAGCGCGCCGGCCUGGCGGCGUCCCUGCAGCUCACCGAGACGCAGGUCAAGAUCUGGUUCCAGAACCGCCGCAACAAGUGGAAGCGGCAGCUGGCGGCCGAGCUGGAGGCGGCCGGGCUGUCCCCGCCGGGCGCCCAGCGCGUGGUGCGUGUGCCGGUGCUCUACCGCGACAGCCCCCCAGCCGCCGGGCCCGCCACCGCGCUGCCCUUCCCGCUGGCGCCGCCCGCGCCCGUACCCGCGCCCGCCCCGCCGCUGCUCGGCUUCUCGGGGGCCCUGGCCUACCCGCUGGCCGCCUUCCCCACCGCGGCCUCCGUGCCCUUCCUCCGGGCCCAGAUGCCUGGGCUGGUGUGA